GUUCACCGGAUUCUAGUGCAAAGAUCCUAGCCUCUCCAUGGGAUAACAAUGAGGCUUGUGCUCCUGAAAACUAUAAAAGAAGAAGGAAAAUGUGAAACUAAUACCAUUAACAUGAAUUCUGCUGUAAUCACAUAAAUUCAGACUUCUAACUGAAAUCAACAAUGGCUUCACCAAGAGGUCACCAUCGGCGCGGAAGCAUGGAGGAACCGGUUAACAUGUCAUCAAGUGUUAUUCAUCUCAAAGAAGAAUUGACUAGACUUCAAAAGGACAUUUUUCCAGAAUGCAACAAACAUAUAGAGAAAAUAAGUGAUCUCAUCAAUGAGUUUGACAAUGGUUACAGAAUUGCUAUUUAUGCCCUGAAAGGAGCAAAAAUAACUGGAGGAACUGCGAUGGUGUUGUUGGCAUUAUCAUUUUUUGUCAUUGAUGAAGCAGUUUUUGAAUGGUUUUCUGCAGCAGGGACAGCUAUGGCUGUAGUUUCUGCAUUAAGUGUUGCUUUUGGACUAAACAGGAAAACACAGCAGGAGAAGAUCUUAAAACGACCCAUUAAAGACGAAAUUAAGGGAUUUCUGGAUACAAUUAACAACACUAUUGACAUGCUGGAAAAAAUCUGUCAGCGUACUGAGGAACUAUUGAGAGACCCUUCACUAUUAGACCACAGAACCCAGGCAUUGAGUGAACAUUUUACCUACUGCUUUGAAAAAAGGCUCUUUCGGGAACAUGACAGUAGUAAAAUGGGUGACCGGCUGUCUAAAAUAGUGCAUUUGUCUGGAAAGCUUUCAGAAAUGAUCGCCAACAUUAGUUCUGUGCCUGAUAUCCUCAAAGAGAUUAUCGAAGACGACAAGAGGCAACAUGACAAACCUGCAAAACCCACACGCAAGCAAAUAAAUAAAAGAGAGUUCAAGGAGAAAGCAGAGAAAUUCAUUAAUGAUAUGCAGAAAGGAAUUAGUGAGCUAAAAAACGGAGUGAAAGAAAUAAACCAAACAGCUGACAGAAUAUCAGAUCGAUUGAGUUGAAUUUGACGAAAUGAAAAACUGCUGAGACACAACUUGUAACUGGAUCCACAUAUGACAGUUUUGAAGGAUUUGAACAUUUCAUUGUCCUACAACAAUAUUGUUAACAUUGCCAAAAGUUAGAAAUACAGUUUUAUUUUUAGAAGUUAUUUUGUGUAUUUAUUUAGCACUUUCAUAACAAAACAUAAUAAAAUGUACACA